AUGAAAGCUGCCAUUCUUCUUUUGUUCUUCGGCGUCGCUGUUGCCAUGAGGGAUCAAUCCAUAGCUGUGAAAGGAAAACUACUCUGUGGAUCAAAACCAGCAGCUAAUGUUCGCGUGAAGCUCUGGGAAGAAGAUGGAGGACCUGAUCCGGAUGACGAGUUGGACGCUGGCUACACGGAUGGUAGCGGAAUGUUCCAGUUAUCUGGAGGAACAGCCGAGCUAACGCCAAUUGACCCUGUUUUCAAAGUCUAUCAUGACUGCGAUGACGGUAUCAAGCCCGGAUCUCGCAAAGUAAAAUUCUACCUCCCAAAGUCCUACAUCACAGAAGGAAGAGUUCCUAAGAAGACCUUCGAUAUUGGCAAGUUUCAAGAAAUUUUAACAGAAAACAACAAAAAAUACUUUACCGUUCUGGAAUAA